AUGCCUCCAAAAGUCAAUUUGGAGUCGCUGGUCGAAAAACCACCACUGAGCACGCUCCCCCAAUCUGGCCCCCAGAAAGCGAGUGCCAUGCCUAAAUGGACCAAUAGUGACUCUAUUGUGUUUCUGGCUGUUGGCGGCGGCUUGCCUCUCUGCUCAACACGUGGGCACCUCCGUCCGCGACACGCUCACCGGUUCCUCAUACUCGGCUGGAGACGACAAACCUGUCUGACUGCGCAGCGAGUGAUCACAGAGGUGUGCGGCGCUAAGCGGCUAGGCUACUUCGGCACGGGCCAGUUCUACGUGGCGCUGAAGCUCCUGGCCGCCGCACAGUCCGGCCUGCCCGUCCGCCUGGAGAGCAUCACGGGAGAGCUGCCCCUGCCCAUAUUCGCCGGGGUGAAGAGCGAGGCAGAGAUGCGCUUCCCCAACCACUCCUCUUCCCAGGCCAGCGACGGUCAGACUCACCCCCUCAGCACCACGGCAGGGGCUGCCCUGCGCACGGCCACCGUGACCGCCACCGACAGACCUGCCUUCAGACCGCCAGAAAACAGCAUGGACAAACAGGAGCCCUGGUCUCCGCCGCGUUCACCCUGCACAUCCCCCCCGCAGUCGCCCUCCACCUACUGUCGCUACGGCUACAGCGCUCAGAGAAACGGCACCGAGCCGCUAGUGGGGUACGAGGGUAAAUAUCCAGCCCGGCCCGCCAUGCUCCAGGAGAACUCCUCGCCCAGUCACUACAGCCACAAGCCCGCCCCGGAGCAGUCCACCCUCACACGAGCCCUGUCCACGGAGAGGCUCGCAGACCGGGCCGCAGACGACUACUCCGAUGACCCCUGGAGGAUCACGGAGGAACAGCGCGACUACUACACCAACCAGUUCAGGACCCUGCAGCCCGAUCUGGGAGGUCUCAUCCUGGGAACUGUUGCAAAGAACUUCUUCACCAAGUCAAAGCUUCCAAUACCCGAACUUUCCCAUAUAUGGGAGCUGAGUGAUGCGGACCGUGACGGAGCGCUCACAUUCCCCGAGUUCUGCACGGCGUUCCACCUCAUCGUGGCUCGGAAGAACGGAUACCCGCUCCCCGAAAAGCUCCCCCCAUCCCUGCGACCCAGCCUCCUGGCAUGCGGCGAGGUCGCUGUAGAUUCGCCCAAGAUCACUCAGCCACUCAUUGUAUUUGAGGAUAGCACACCUAAGGCCAUCCAGCAGGAGAAAAGCAUGGUUGAAAUACAGCAGGCCAAUCCUCUGCCAGCCCUGACCACAUCAAAGCCUGACGUUAGGGAGGAGACCAGGAAGUCAGAACUGAGCCCGAAGCGAGCGGCGGUCGCUGUGGUGACCCAGGAGAAGCCCGUCCAGCAUGUCCUGCCUGUCAGCGCCGCCAACCUCAAACCAGAUCCCCCAAAUGAGUUGGAUCCCAACAUGAAGUCGAGAACAAGGCCCAGGUCGUACUCCAGCACCUCCAUAGACGAUGCCAUGAAGAAGGUGGAGGAACCCCCCACCCCUCCACCGCGGCCCCAGAAGAGCCACUCGCGCGCCUCCUCCCUGGACCUCAACAAGCUCUUCCAGCAGGGCAGCCAGGGUGUAAAGAGUGGCUGGUUGCCACCUCCCCCAGCUCUCCCGCCAAGACCCCCAGCUACACAGAUCCCACACUUCCUCCCCGCCGCCGACAAGCCUUCCCAGAAGGCUGUGCAGCAGCCCAACUUUGCCGACUUCAGCAGGUUCAGAGAGGAGGAGGAGGCAGGUGUACACCCUGCAAACCAGAGUCCCCUCCGCAGGGCAGCGGGCCCCAGCACAGAGGACCUGGGACCACCCAAACCGGAACCCUUAGUGGGAACCCAAGGCCACGCCCCUCAGAAGCCAGUGCGCAGGAAGUACCGGCCGGAUAGCCAGAACCUAGAUGCCACGCCACCCGCUACCGCCCCCUAUCCACCAGCACCUGCCACUACAGCCACAGCCACUGUCACCAUCACCACCAGCAAACCAGCACAACGGUUGGCCCCCAAACAGAAGCGGGAGAUCCAGAUGGCCAUCAGGAAGAACAAGGAGACCAACGCCGUGCUGACCCGCCUCAACAGUGAGCUCCAGCAGCAGCUCAAGGUGGUUCAUCAGGAACGGGUGACACUGGAAUCCCAGCUUGAGCAUCUCCGACCUUUGACCUCCACGUGACCUGGCCUUCCACACCAUGUCGUGGCCAAGAAAUGUGUCCUCCACACGGGGAGGUCAGCAAGCAUUCAAAGCACCCAAACAUUCUAAAGCACCUCUCCCUCCAGAACACAAGCAUAAGAACGGCCAUUUCCCUGAUCUCUGACGCUAGCUCAAAGACUGACUGACUGGAUUUUUAAUCUCAGAGGAUCCACUCUGAAAUAUCUUUUGAUGAAUGUGAAAUGUGAAUGAGGCUAAAGUGCGGCUCGGUCAUCACCCGUUGUCAAAAGUGGCAUUACAAAAUCACCCAAAGGGCCAGGAGCCAUCAAGGAACACUGAAGAGAGAAAGUGUUCCCUGUAGCUCAAGGUACAAUAUUAUAACCUAGCCUGAAUCUACUAUGCUAUUGUCUUUUUGUUUAGGAGACUGUGACCAUGAAAUGUUACAUGUGUGCGGCUUGUUAAUGCUUGCAGAUUGUUGUUGUUGCGUCGUUGAAACGGUUUCUUACUUACUGUCUGAUUUUGAGUGGUGUUGAUGAUGGGUAAUGAUUGAUAUGAGUCCUGAUAUGACGUCAGCCUCAUCCAUGUUGGUGUGUCUCUGCUAGAUGAAGCACAGUUGGUCUCUAUCCACCAUGCUCUUGUACCGGGUGCAUAGUGUACCUGUCUACCAGGUAAUGCUCGUGCCUCUGGCCUGUCACUGCUGCAGAGAUCAGUGCCCUCCACAGAGUGGCACAUCUAUAUUCAAAUGGCACAGGUUAAGUCACCAUAUGUGUGUGUGUGUGCGUGCGUGCAUGUGAAUGUGUGUGAGGAGGUGUGUGUGUGUUCACACAAAACUGACGAUGGUGCUAGCCAUACAUCCUUUACAGUAGUGUAUUAUCUGUGUGUAUACUGUAUGUGUGUGUUUGAACAGUAGCAACAAAUUUUUAUUUUUGACAAAAAAAUUGACACACACAGAGAAUGUGUUCCAUGGCCGUGAGUUGCAAAUGAUGGAUGUAUAAUGCAAUGUUAUGUUUCUUAGACUGUACAUAGACAUCGGUGCAUUACUCUUGAAAGACAUUUGCACAGUGAGUAUACAUUUGACAUGAAAGUAAUAGACGAUGAAUGAUUCAAUGUGUUUAAUUCUGCAAGGCAGUCUUGUUUUGAUUCUUUAUUCCCAUUUUUUACUUCCCAAUUAUUCCUUCAUUGUUCAUGUUGUUUAUUUAUUUUUUUAGAUGUAUUGUUGUUGUUGUCAUUGUUGAUGUUAUGUUCUUUGACAACAUUCAUUAAGCGAAAGCUAGUGUAAUUAUGGUAACAAUAGAUGAUCUUGAUUAAAGGGCAAUGAUUUGAUUUCAUUUGAUUUGACAAGAAAAUAUGAAUGAAAGAAUUACCCAGUAUAAAAAGAUGAAACAAAAAGAAUGUUUGAAAAAACAUUAUUUUUUUCUAUGAAGUAAUGCCUGUAUGUGCUUGAUUUGUUUUCUAUGCAAAAUGAUGCUAUCGGCCAAGCUUGCAUUUUGGCCUUAUUUUUUGAUACAUCUCAUGUGUACAUACUGAAACAGAACCUGACCAUGCCUCCAGAAUGUGGCUCAAUAAAAUAGUUUGUGAGGACGUA